AGUGGAUCACCCAUUUCCUCUUGGCCCAACACGAUCAUGCCCCCUAUAUAGCUCAUUGCUUCUCCUCAAUCGGUGCCUGUGAAUAUUUUCGAGAGUAUAUACCUCUACCUUGCCACGAAAACAAAAUUUAUUUCUAUUUCUGAGUGAUCUCUCGUACUCUUAACUUCUUUCCCCAUUCUCACCUUCCCCAACACUAAGUUUUCGUCUCACUUGUCGAGAGCUGUAAUCAUGUCGUGGAAGGAAGAAGUACAGAAGGUGGCCGAUGAGUUUAUCUACACGAAUGAGGAUGUCAACAAGGGAGUGAAGGAAUUCCUUCGCGAGAUGGACGAGGGUCUUUCCCAUUCGGGUUCAACUUUGAGCCAGAUUCCAACAUACGUUACGUCCGUUCCCAAUGGCACUGAAAAGGGACUGUAUCUCGCUGUCGACCUCGGCGGUACCAAUUUCCGCGUCUGCUCCAUUCAGCUGCGCGGAAACACCACAUUCUCGCUCACGCAAUCCAAGGUGGCCAUUCCUCGCGAGCUCAUGGUCGCAAAGACUUCCAAAGAGCUCUUCUCCUUCUUGGCCAAGCAGAUUGAGGUCUUCCUGAAGACCCACCAUAAUGAUCACUUUCAAGCCGUCGUCCGUCGUCGGAGGACAAUGAGCAUAUCCGAGGGCUUCAGAGAAGAGGAGAUUUUUCAGCUGGGUUUCACCUUCAGCUUUCCUGUACAGCAACAUGGAAUCAACCGCGGAACCUUGAUUCGGUGGACCAAGGGUUUUGACAUUGCCGACGCCGUCGGCAAGGACGUUUGCGUCCUCCUCCAGGAUGAAAUUGAUGAAUUGCACCUCCCCGUCCGGGUUGCCGCCCUGGUGAAUGAUACCGUGGGAACAUUGAUGGCUCGAUCAUAUACUUCCCCAGGAAAGACGGGUACGCUUCUGGGCGCAAUUUUUGGCACGGGAACGAAUGGCGCCUACGUGGAGAAACUCAAAAAUAUCACAAAAUUGCCGGCCGCAUCGGGCGCAAACUACGAUGACUCGACUGGCGAGAUGAUUGUCAACACGGAGUGGGGUUCAUUUGACAAUGGUCUUCGUGUGCUUCCAAACACUUCUUAUGACGAAGCGCUGGACAAGGAAAGUGUUAACCCCGGUAUCCAAAUGUUUGAGAAGCGUGUCUCGGGCAUGUUUUUGGGCGAGAUUUUGCGUCGCGCAAUGCUUGCAUUGGUCAAGGAUCCCAAGGUCAUGCUGUUCAAGGACGAGGAUUCUAGCUCAAACGACAUUCAUUCGACCACCAAUAUUGCGCCCGACUCUCCAUUGUUUACCCAAUGGGGCCUUGACACCAGUUUCUUGAGUAUUGUUGCCGGAGACACAAGCUACGGACUCAAGGUUAUCAAGCAAACUCUGGACAAGGAGCUGGGCAUCAGCGCGGCCAGCACUGAGGAUGCUGAGGCCGUCAAGGUACUCGCCGCAGCCAUUGGAAAGCGCGCCGCACGUCUCAGUGCCGUCCCCAUUGCUGGUAUUGUACACAAGAGUGGCCGUCUCGGCAAGACCUCUGCUUCGGCUUCCCACGCCGCAUCAAAGGUCAAGGAGCAUGUUCAGAACCUCGAGGUUGGCGAGGCUGCCAAGACGGCAGCAGAGGGUGUGCAAGCGUCUGCUGCUCCUGUCGUCGACUUGCCGCCGACUGGUGGAGUGGGCAAUGACGAGGAUGAUGUGGUGGACAUUGGUGUCGAUGGCAGUUUGGUAGAAUACUACCCUGGAUUCGAAGACUACCUCCGCGAGGCUCUUCGGGAGAUUCCUGAGAUUGGAGCAAAGGGCGAAAAGAAGAUCCGCAUCGGCAUCGCCAAAGACGGAAGUGGUGUAGGUGCAGCAUUGAUUGCGCUUGUUGCCGGCCCAUUGACGGCCUCACCACCCGUGUCCCCAAUUCGCGAGAAGAAAUAGGGGUGUAUAGUUGAGCUUCCCGUGGGUUAAACAUAACUAGACAGCCCAGGUUUGUUCUUUUUUCUUUCUAAAGGAUGUAGCUAGCUGGUUUUUUGAGAUGUCCAUGUAAUGUACUGUCAUUGUUGCGCAAACCGAUGAACGCCUUUUCCCCUUUUCCCUUUUCCCUUUUUCUUUUUCUUUUUCUUUCCCUUUCUUCCUCUUCAGUGGUAUAUUCAGGCACCUUAGGUACUGCAUUUAUGAAUGAAAAUUUCCAACCAAAGUCAUUAGACGUUACGGUGACGUUAUUCAAAAGUCUUGAAGCAUCCCAGACGAAAGAGGUUCCCGGCGCAUAAGAG